CAUCCGUCAGUUUUCUGUUUGUUCUGUUUAAACGGUGACAGUCGCUGUGUUGAACGUUAGCCGUUAGUUUGGUUGCUGUUAGCAUUAAGAUGGUGGCUCCCGUCCCGGCGCACAGCCCCUUAGCUCUGCAUAUUUAACAGCGGCUCACAGCCUCCACAGUUGUCCCUCACAUCGGUGCAUGGAGCAGCCGCGCAGGGCACUCACUCGCCGCUGGAUCUAUGUGUGUUAGGCUAAGCAGCUACCGGCGGCUUUUUACCGACUCCGCGCAGAGUUCACCGGCUAAAAUAUCGGACUGUUCGAUGCAGUCUGCAAUCUAGCAACAGUGCCGCGGUCCGUCUCUGAACCACUGGUUGAAUCUGUGCUAGAAGCCGGUUCUUAAGUCCGGGUCUGUAACGGAAGCCGGUUCGUCGGUAUCUAAUAAACGUUACCGGCCCCGGGUCAGACGCUGAUCACUGCCCUGAGAGUUAGCCCAGGCUAGUUAGCCACGGAGCUAGUUAGCGGGCUAACGCUAAGCCCGUGCUGUUAGCGAGCGGGAGACAAUUAAAAAAUUUGACACCACUUUGGGCUGAACGUGGAUUUUUCUCCCUCAUUAAGGACCUGGAGGAGGGGAUCCGGACACCGGCGUCAUGGCAUCUGAAACGGCGACCCUCCCGGUGCAGCAGCCCCGCUGGAAGCGUAUUGGGGGCUGGACCGGCCCGGUGCCGCGGCCCCGGCACGGUCACCGAGCUGUGGCCAUUAAGGAGUUGAUGGUGGUGUUCGGCGGAGGGAACGAGGGGAUCGUGGAUGAGCUUCACGUUUACAACACAGCCACCAACCAGUGGUUCAUCCCUGCGGUCCGCGGUGACAUCCCCCCCGGCUGUGCCUCCUACGGCUUCGUGUGUGAUGGGACGAGGCUGCUGGUGUUCGGAGGGAUGGUGGAGUACGGUAAAUACAGCAACGACCUGUACGAGCUGCAGGUGAGUCGUUGGGAGUGGAAACGUCUGAAGGCCAAAGCUCCGAAGAGCGGCCCGCCCCCCUGCCCUCGCCUCGGACAUAGCUUCUCUCUGAUUGGAAGCUGCUGCUACCUGUUUGGAGGACUGGCCAAUGACAGCGAGGACCCCAAGAACAACAUCCCCAGGUACCUGAAUGAUCUGUACUGUUUUGAGCUGCGUCCGGGCUCCAGUGUGGUCGGCUGGGAAAUCCCAGUGACGCUGGGUCAGCCUCCGCCCCCCAGAGAGAGUCACACGGCCGUGGUGGCGAGUGGCCGCAGAGCUAGCAGACUGUUCAUCUACGGAGGGAUGAGCGGCUGCAGACUGGGAGAUCUGUGGGUCCUCGACAUAGACUCUCUGACCUGGAGUAAACCAGCCCUCAGUGGAACCGCCCCCCUCCCCCGCAGCCUGCACUCUGCCACCGCCAUCAACAACAGGAUGUAUGUGUUUGGAGGUUGGGUUCCUCUGGUGAUGGAUGAUGUUAAAGUGGCGAGUCAUGAGAAGGAGUGGAAGUGUACCAACACACUGGGCUGCCUCAACCUGGACACCAUGUGCUGGGAGACGGUCCUGAUGGACAGUCUGGAGGAGAACGUCCCCAGAGCUCGAGCGGGUCACUGCAGCGUGGCCAUCAACUCCAGACUCUACAUCUGGAGCGGCAGAGAUGGAUACAGGAAGGCCUGGAACAACCAGGUGUGCUGCAAGGACCUCUGGUACCUGGAGACAGAGCGUCCUUGUGCUCCCUCCCGGGUGCAGCUGGUCCGGGCCAACACGUCAUCUCUGGAGGUGAGCUGGGGGCCGUCGCAGACCGCGGACACUUACCUGCUGCAGCUGCAGAAGUACGAUAUUCCUGCUACACCUGCGACCACCUCACCUGCCUCCAGCUCCGUCCCCACGGCCACACCUAUCGCCGUGGCACCAGUCAACCAGGCCGUCCCGCUGUCUGGCAUCACGCAGGUCCCCUCCCCCACUGCCUCAGCACCUGGAAGCCCAUCUGCAGCUGCUGCCAAAGCAUCAGCUGUCCUGAAGGUGGCAGCAGCUCCAAGUGAAGGGGGUGGAGUAUCCAUCAUCACAGUGAGACAGGCCACACCCAUAUUCCCAGCUGCUGCUCCAACACUUCCUGCAGGUGUCCGUAUGAUGGUACCUGCUUGGGCUGGACAGGGGACGCCAGUAGGCGGCAGUCCUCAGAUGAGUGGCAUGGCGGCAUUGGCAGCUGCAGCAACUCAGAAGAUCCCUCCGUCUUCGACGACAGCGAUGAAUGUCCUUGCGGGAGCCACGACUGUGAAGACGGUGGCUGUCAGUGCGGGAUCCAGCAGUCUGCCGGUCCAAGUGUCCGCUCCUGUCGCCAUGGUGAGCAACCCGGCCGCUCGGAUGUUAAAGACAGCUGCUUCACAGGGGGGUGGAGACUCAGCAGUCUCUACAUCCGGGACCCCCAGCAGACCGAUCAUCGCUGUCCAUAAGUCGGGCACGGUGACAGUCUCCCAGCAGACUCAGGUGGUCACCACAGUGGUGGGUGGAGUCACAAAGACCAUCACUCUCGUUAGCAGUCCACUCAGCGUGGGAGGAGGCGGGGCUCUGAUCAGCAACCUGGGCAAGGUGGUGACUAAACCAGUUCAGAGUGGAGCAGUUACUGGUCAGGCUGGGAGCAGUCCCAUCACCCAGAUCAUCCAGACAAAGGGCGCUCUCCCAGCAGGAACCAUCCUGAAGCUGGUGACGUCAGCAGACGGUAAACAGACUACACUGACCAAACCCACCAUCCGGGGCGUCGCCCCAGCAGCCUCCAAACCUGGAACUACCAUCAUCAAGACCAUCCCAGUGUCUGCUCUGCAGGGGGGGUCAGGUGGUAACAGCCCAAUCACCAUCCUGACCACCAAGGUGGUGACUCCUGGAGCUGUAGGAAAGAUCAUCACCACUGUCCCCAAAAUCACUGCAGGUGUUCAGCAGGGGGUCACACAGGUUUUGUUGAAAGGGGAUCCAGGUACACCUGGUACCAUCCUCAGAACCGUCCCGAUGAGUGGAGUCAGACUGGUGUCACCGGGAGCUGUCAGCUCCAAGCCCACCAUCACUACGCUGGUCGUCAAGGCAAACACAGGUGUGUCCAGUCUGGGGACAGUAACGGGAAGUGUCUCCACCACAGUGGCAGGUGGAGCUGUCGCUGCUGCCAGUGCCUCCCUGGCAACACCCAUCACCACCCUGGCAACCAUUGUUACACUGGCCGGCCAGGUUACCAAGGCAACCUCUGCUGUGGCAGGACCCAAGCAGGUGACUCUGAUCACGACUCCCAGUGGAGCAGAGGCUCAGCCACUGGUCCAGGAUCUACCCAUCUCCAUCAUGGCUUCUCCUACCUCAGAGGAGUCUGCAAGUACUGCUACUACUACUGCUACUGCUACAGAAGGAGAGGCUGGAGACACGUCAGGUGCUACAGUGACGCUAGUCUGCUCCAACCCGCCCUGUGAGACUCACGACACCGGCACCACCAACACCGCCACCAUCUCCCCCGCCAGCAUGAGUGGAGAGCUGCAGGUGAGCUCUCUCCAGCCUUCAGCUCAGCAGGCUCCUCCUCCACCUGCUGUCACUCUGAACGGGAGAAACACCUGCUCAAACCCACCGUGUGAGACUCAUGAGACAGGAACCACCAACACUGCUACCACAGCUACAGCUCAGCAGGGUGGAGAUGGUCUGCAGGGACACUCCACGGACCCCACCUCCUUCUCUGACCUCACCUCCUCCACCACAGCCAGUCAGAGCAGAGCUGUUACCAUGGUUACACAGGCUACGCCCACACCUGGACCAUCCAUACCUGAGGUCUCUUCAUUGGUUGGAGAGGACAGGGCGGAGGCACAGGCUGUCACUAUGGUGACAGCAGCUGCAGAGGAAGGGGAGGAGUCUGUGCAGACAGACAGCCAAUCAGAGGCUGUGAUGUCACCAGCAGCAUCGAUGUUGCAGGUUCAUGUGGAGGGCAGCGACGUAGCAGCACAGGUGGGGACUCCAGACAGUGAUGUUCCUCAGGAGCUGAUGUCAUCAGAAGGGGACAGAGGCGAGGUGGUCUCCGGGACAACAACCCUCAUGGUGACAACGGGGCUGACCCCUGAUCAGCUGGUUGCUACCAUGGUAACAGAGGAUGCAGCUCAGCAGGCGACAAUACACGCAGUGCUGCAGGCAGGACACGGUGAAGCAGAGGGGUCGGCGGAGCGGCCCGUCCCCAUUGUCCUGACGCAGCAGGAACUGGCAGCUCCGGUCCAAUGGUGGCAGCAGCUGCGGGACGUCCCCGACCAACCGGAACCAGCAGAAGCGGAACCGCAGCACGGCCACGUGCCCACAGAGGGCCUUGCUCCAGCAGACAGCCUCAAUGAUCCUGCAGCAGAGAGUAACGGGCAUGAGCUGACAUCAUUGGCGGUAACGAGCGCUGUCGCCCGAUUGGCCAGCACAUUCAGCCCCACCCCUCCUCUGGCAGCCGGUCCGGCUAAGAUUCAGGUUGUGACUGAGACGACCAAUGGCAUCGCAGCAGCUGCAGGGCAGGCCGUCCAGGUGAAGUCUUCGGUGACGGACAGUCGGUGGUGUGAUGUCGGCGUUGUCAAGGUUACGAACAUGGUGGUCUCUCAUUUCUACGUCCCGUACGAGGACGACAUGGCCGACCAGGACGACUCAGGUGUGGUACCUGACUACAGUAAGAUGAGGAGGGUGGAGCUGCAGCCGGGGACGGCCUAUAAGUUUCGUGUUGCUGGGAUCAAUAUCUGUGGCCGCGGAGCGUUCUCCGAGGUGUUGGCAUUCAAAACGUGCCUGCCUGGCUUCCCUGGAGCGCCCUGCGCCAUCAGGAUCAGCAAGGACGUGGGCGGAGCUCAGCUGACCUGGGAGCCUCCUGCCGUCACAUCAGGGAAGAUCACAGAGUACUCAGUGUACCUGGCCAUCCGGUCCAGCCGGGCCACCUCCAGCGGUUCAGGUUCUGGUCCCGUCCAGUUGGCCUUUAUGAGGGUCUACUGCGGUCCCAACUCAUCGUGCCUGGUCCGGGCCUCCAGCCUCGCCAGCGCCCACGUCGACCACACCACCAAGCCUGCCAUCAUCUUCCGCAUCGCCGCUCGCAACCAGAAGGGCUAUGGGCCGGCGACGCAGGUCCGGUGGUUACAAGAAACCAGUAAAGAUGCCAAACCAGCAGUGAAGAGACCAGCAGCUUCUCCUGAGUCUAAACCUGUCGGACCAAAGAAGUUCAGAACUGACCAAUAGGAGGAGUCUGCCACCUGCUGAGGACUGUUAUUGGGUACCAGUGUCUUUAAGCUCCACCCAGCAGCUGAUUACUGUGAGGAGGAGGCGGGGCUCUGAUAGCUUCCUGUCCCACAGGAAAUAAAAGGACUUGUAGGAGCUGUGUACAGUAUCGACCAAUGAGGAUGCGGUUCGUAUAGUGUUUUUGGUUGUCAUGGAUACAGCGAGGCAGAGGUGUCUACGGCAUUUCAGUUGGAGUUGUAGCUGUCUGGCAAACAUCAUUUUAAAGGUCAAAGGUCACACUGCCUUCAGGGGCCGCAGUUUAAACCAGAUCUGAUGUAAAUUAUUUUCUUUGUGUAGCUUUUUUUUUCUUAUAAACGUAAGAGAAGUUCUUUCUUCUGUGGUUUCUGUUUCUGCAGUGGUUGACGUGUUUGUCGCCUGCU